CUUCGACCCUUUUCAGUAAAGGUUGGCUUCAUCUGUACGUCAAUCCAUCGUCGCUUCUCAAGUCUCAACUCUUCCCGAGCAACACCAAUCACUGGAAGAGACAUCGUUACCUUUCUUCAUCGUCGCCGGCCAAUCCGUAUCGGAAAUGUCUUACGACUAUCUAUUCAAGUACAUAAUCAUCGGAGACACAGGUGUUGGAAAAUCAUGCCUGUUGUUGCAAUUCACGGACAAGCGGUUCCAACCGGUGCAUGAUCUCACAAUUGGAGUCGAGUUCGGUGCUCGCAUGGUCACCAUCGACGGCAGGCCGAUUAAGCUUCAGAUUUGGGAUACCGCUGGGCAAGAAUCCUUCAGAUCCAUCACCAGAUCAUACUACAGAGGAGCUGCUGGUGCACUUCUGGUUUAUGACAUUACCAGGAGAGAGACAUUUAAUCAUCUAGCAAGCUGGCUGGAAGAUGCACGGCAGCAUGCAAACCCGAACAUGACCAUUAUGCUCAUAGGCAAUAAAAGUGAUCUUUCGCAUCGAAGGGCUGUCAGCAAAGAAGAAGGGGAACAAUUUGCAAAGGAAAAUGGGCUUUUAUUCUUGGAGGCAUCUGCAAGAACAGCCCAAAAUGUUGAGGAGGCCUUUAUAAAAACGGCUGCAAAGAUACUUCAAAAGAUCCAGGAAGGUGUAUUUGAUGUAUCAAAUGAGUCAUCUGGCAUCAAGGUUGGAUAUGGACGGCCACAAGGUCCGGCUGGGGCAAGAGAUGGAGCAGUAGCCCAGAGAGGGGGAUGCUGCAACUGAUUGCAGUGGAGUCGAUGUUAAAAUCUGUAUCACAUCUUCUCCACAUCUUAUUUCCGUUUGGCCAAUCACUUUUAUGAAUCCACCCUUACCACUACCAUGCAAUUUGUGUUGAACAUGAAAUGUACAGAUCACUUAAAGUUGUGCGUGUGAAAUGACUGAGUCAUGCAUAAUGUAACUGACAAAAGUCCGACUUUGGUUGCAUUGAACAUCUGAAUGCUUGAAGAUUGCCUAUAUUAACUUUGAUACUACACUAUAGUGGAUUAAAUUUGAUGGAAGCUGCCAAUACAUAUUUGUUUUUUAGCAUAUGUGGGCAGGGUCUUAUAAUCCUUGUACUACUAUUUUGUUAGCAACAGGAUGUUUCGUGUGAUUUUUUAAUAUAUUCAUCUUGUUGAACUUGGUGCAUUGUCAUCUGCUGUAUAUCAAGAAAUCAUGUGAGGUUAGUAACUAGCAGGUGAACCUGGGAGCUGCAUAAUGCAGGCUAACUGCUUUCGCAGAUGCGCUAUCAGGAG